AUGUUUGGAUCUAAUAACACAGGGUCACUAUUUGGGAAUAAUACAUCCGCAUCGGUGGGCACGCCAAGUGCAGGAUCAAAUACUUUCCAACUCCCACAACAACAAAGGCCAACUUCGUUAUUUGGCAAUACAGGUUCAAACACUAUGACGAACAACACAGGAGCUACACCAGGAGGUUUAUUUGGUAGUGGUAAUACAGCAGGGACCCCAAGUGCGUCGACAGGUGGUUUAUUUGGAGCUAAACCUGCGACAGGUGGCUUAUUUGGUAAUUCCAAUGCUGCGCCAAACACCUAUAGCUCUACAGGAACAACUACAACUGGUGGGUUAUUCGGUAAUUCUACCUUGAGCAAUUCCCCAUCAAUUAGUUCUACUUCUGGCGGUCUUUUCGCGAACGCUAAUACACCUGCCACUACGGCUCCAAGCACUACUGGUACGGGACUUUUCGGUGCUGCUAAACCAGCUUCAACUUUAGGAACUGGAUUAUUUGCUACAAAUAAACCUGCUACUGCACAGUCUACAGGCGCUCUCUUUGCAGAUUCAACCCCUUCAAAUACAGGUGGGUUAUUUGGAAAUUCGAAUCCUACUCCAUCAGGAGGACUAUUUGCUAACAAUACAUCGGGUAUAUCAAAUAUGAACACCCAACAACAAGCCAACCCUUACGGUUUUAAUGUGCCCCCAACCAUGACUACCAACACAAUAACGAAGAUGCCUGAUUCUAUUACAUCAUCCUUAAGAAAGAAUCCUGUCUCUGUCAAUAACACAAAUAAUGAUAAUAAUUUAAUGAAUUCAAAUAACUAUGGUAAGACACAAUCUAGUAAAUUUUCAAGUACUUGUCAAGGCACACAGACAUUGGUUGAUAAAUUGACCUCAGGAACAAAGGAUGGGUCUAUAAUGAAUUCUCCACAUGGAAGAAAUGUCACUUCAACUCCAUAUAAUAAGUAUGGUUUUUUGUCAAACUACAAAUCGAAUUCGAGAAACAACACUCAACAUUUGUUCUAUUCGAAAUCACCUCCCAACCAUAAUAUUCUUUCAAGUCGUGUGAUCGAUCCUUCUGGAUUACGUAAAUUAAACAUCGAGCCACAAAGAAUAGCCGCAAAGAAAUCGAGAUUAUUGUCAGGAAUGCCACAUAUUACAAAAUCAAUUGCCGACACCCAUAGAGUCUCUGUAGCAGAAGAAGCAGAUGAAAUUAUAGUUGACAAUUCUAACGAUAAGCCGAAUAACAUAUUUUCAAAAUCAACCGUGAAGAACUUAGACGAUGAUCCAAAGGAAGUAAAGGUUAAUACAAAAAACGAGACUGAUUACUGGUGUUCUCCUUCAAUUGAAGAAUUACAGAACUUACCUGAAUAUAUACUAAAAAGUUUACCUGAUUUUGUCAUUGGUAGGAAAAGUCAUGGGUAUAUCACAUUCAAUUUCCCUGUAGAUCUAUCUGCGUUCAAAAAUGAUUUUAGUGGUUCUUUAUUUGGCGGAGUUGUAAAAUUUAAUUCAACAAAAACUGUGGAAGUUUAUCCAGAUUCGUCUUCUAAACCAGAAAGAGGUUUAGGUAUGAACGUCCCUGCCACGAUUACAUUAGAAAACAUCUUCCCAAUAGAUCAAGUCACUAAAUUACCAAUAAAAGAUUCUGCUAGAACACCAGAAUUCCAAAAGUUUGUAGCAAAAUUAAGAAGAAUGAAAGGUAUGGAAUUUGUUUCGUACAAUCCAUAUUCUGGUUCAUGGACAUUCAAUGUACAACAUUUUAGUAUCUGGGGUUUAGUGGAAGAUGCAGAAGAAGAGACCCAUGAGGAAGAGAACAAUGAACAAAUACCAUGUGACAAACUUGCCGGACAACCUUUACAUGUUGAUGAAUAUUCGCAACCAAAUGAUGCUGUUACUUUUCAAAAAGAUAUACCGAUGACUUACGAGGAAGAUAUGCAAGACUUAGAUGAGUUUAUUAUAAAUGAAAGACAAUAUGAACCAGAAGUAACUGCUCAAGAUUUUAUGGGGCUAGAAGCCAAUCCAAAACUUGAAGUAUCCACCUCAUGGUCCCAGCAACUAAAUAUAGCUGGAAAAUCCUUAUUCUCUAUUUUUUCCAAUUCCCAUGAUAAAGCAGGGGAUAAAGCGGUUGGAGUUAAGCAAUUAUUUAGUGAUUUUGAAAAAACCAUUGAAACCUCGAAGGCCAUAUCCAGCGAGUUAAAAUACAAUCCAUAUUCAUUUGGUAAAUUGUCGACAAAUUCUUUAUUGUUAUUGGAUCAGAAAUCAAAAAUCAUCCAGACAAGUGAGAUGCCUUAUAAAAUCAAAAACGGCUCUUUGACCUCUAAUAUUUUUGAGAAAUUACUUAAUACGGUCGUUGUGUUGAACAGAGAUUCAAAUGCAUACCCAAUCAUUUCUAUGAGUUCAUUAAAAUUUUCUGAUCUUUCAACAAUCUAUCGUUCGGAAAAUGUAGACUCACUAGUAUGGGAUUUUUGUUCAAUUUUAUUUGAUCCAAUUGAAUUAACUUAUGAUGUUGAUAACGAUGAUGCCAAAUUAAAGUUAUGCAAGAAGACUCGCUUUAAUAACUUAUGUAGCUGGAUAUCCAGUCAAAUUAAAGAUGAAUUAUCUGGUAAAUUAAUACAAACUGAAAACGAAUUAAGCAGAAUAUUUUUAUAUUUAGCGAUGAAUGAUGUUAUGAAUGCAACAAAGUUAGCUAUCAAUUCCAAAAAUGCUCAUUUAGCUGUCUUAGUUACCUAUUUUGGCUCCAAUAACCCACAAGUAAGAAAAUAUGCUAAGCUUCAACUUGAAAAAUGGGAAUCAAUGGGAAACAAUGUAGAUGUGAAUAUCACUCGUAUUUACAGAUUACUAAGUAACACGUUAUUUGAAGAUGAAAGAUUGAUGGACGAAAUUAAAGGUGAAUUUAGUUUUUUAGCUCAAUUAGGUUUAUUAUUAUAUUAUGGUCAAAUUGAUGAGUAUUCAUUAGAGGAGUUAGUUUCGUCUAUUCUUUCCAAAACUGGCUCUACAAAUGACAUAAUCAAUGAUAUAUUAAAAGUGUUCAGUUCCCAACAGAAUGUUGUAGAAAUAUUGAAAGAAUCUUCAUUAAGUUCCGAAUUUUCGAAUAUUGAGAAUUUAUGGUAUUUUGUAGAGAUCUUGACACAAUCUGAGUCUUUCACAGUGAACGAAGAAUUGAGCGAAAAGGUUACAUUGGAUAUGAUCGAGACAAUGAGAUGCUCGAACAUGGUUGUUGAAUCCUUGAUCGUAUCUAGUUUUAUCAUUAAUGACAAUGUUGCUAAACAACAAUUUGAUAGUAUAAUAUACCAUGAAACCCCACAAAUAAUGGAGAAUCAUAGAUUCAACUUUAUUUUCGACAGAUUGAAACUUCCAGUAGAACUAAAAUUUAAUGCAUUGGCUUUAUACAAUAAAUAUUCUACUGAUCACAUUUUAGAAUUCGAGAAUUUAAUCAAAGCCAAGAAUUUCAAACAAGCAGAGACAUUAUUUGCCACCGUUGUCGCACCAAGACUAAUCCGCGGGGAUGCUGAAGAUCGCAAGAGACUUUCUUUGUUGAUCUCCACUGUCGACCGAUUCCAAAUCGAGACUUGGAACAAGAAUUUUGGGAUCUAUGAACAAUAUUUAUCUGUAGUUGCUGACGAGUCGCAACAGAAAAAACAAGACAUUGUAACGCUAGCGAACUCGUUAUCCGUCUAUGCAGAGACCCAUAGGGACUGUACGGAAGUCAAAGUGAGUUGCAACUUCAUGGCCCAGAACCUGUUUUCCUUGAUCUCCAAACAAAGCAUAAUAGAUCCAGAUGUGAAAUCAAGAUUACAAGAACUACCAUUGGGAGAACCAGAAAAGGCAUACCUAGCAGCCACGCUCAACUAG